AAGGAAACCAGCAAAACGUACAAUCCAAUUAAUCUCUAUUUAUUUAUCUUAGUUAAUAGAUAGCAUGGUAUCAUAAGUCAAUAAGGAGGAAAGAGAAGAACAAAUGAUAUAUAAAAGAGGACCACAUAUGUGAUGAGCAUCCUUCAAGUGUUUUGAGUGUGAGAGAUGGAAUUGGAAUUGGAAUGGGCAUGGGCGUGCGUAUUUGCAGGGGUCCUUUGCAUCAUGAUGGGGCAUCUGAUAAAGUCUGUUUGGUUGGAGCCAAAGAGGAUUACAGAGUAUUUUAGGGCUCAAGGUUUCGAAGGCCCUCCUUACAAGAUUCUUGGCAUCGGCAAUGGCGUCGAGAUCGCCAGGCUCAUGAAUGAAGCGCGAUCCGUGGCGUUGCCUCUAGACAACAACAUUAUGCCUGUUGCUCUUCCUUUCUAUCAUCUCUGGUCAAAACUAUAUGGGAGUAGCUUUCUAUGCUGGCUUGGGAGCAAACCGGUGUGGUGCACAGAUGAUCCAAUAGCGGUCAAGGAGGUUUUGAUGAACAAGAAUGGUGUGAUAGAGACCACCAAUCUCAACCCUUGGAUUAGGGAGGCGUUAGGAAGAGGAAUCUUGAUGUUGAACGGCUCGGAUUGGGAGAGACAUAGAAGAAUAGUUAUCCCUGCAUUUGGAGUCGACAAUCUCAAGGAGAUGGUUUCACGUAUCAAUGAGAGUGCCAGGAACGUGAUCCAACGCUGGGCACAAAAGGAAAGCACUUGGGAUGAGUUUGAGUUGGAUGUAUUUAAGGAAUUCAAGAUUUUUGCUGCAGAUAUAAUCGGCACCACAUCAUUCGGUAGUGACCCCGGACAGGCGAAGCGAAUCAUUGAACUUCUUGAUGAACAGAUUGCCUUAGCUAUCGCCGAUUAUUCUUUUGUCCCUGGCUACAGGUAUUUAUUUUUAAAGAGGAGGUGGCGCAGCAUGAAGUUAAACAGGGAGAUCAGGAAAUGCAUGACAGAGUUGGUGGAGGGGCGGAAGAAAAUGGCAAAGAGAGAUAACGACCUUUUGGGAUCCAUGCUGGAGGCCGACCGAAAAGAAGCUGGCAGUGGUGGUCUCUCCACUGAGGAGAUUAUUGAUGAAUGCAAGACUUUCUUUUUUGCAGGCCAUGAAAGUACAGCAGUGCUAUUAGCAUGGACCUUCAUGCUCUUGGGCAUUCACCAAGAGUGGCAAGACCGUGCUCGAGCUGAGGUGCUUAAGGUUUUAGGGACUGAGAGGAUCCCUUCAUGGUCUGAUGUCAACAAACUCACAACUGUUGGCAUGAUAUUGAAUGAGUCAUUGAGACUGUAUCCUCCUGCGGUGGCCAUUGUUAGGAAAGCUGUCAAAGACUGCAAAUUAGGAAGUAUUUGUAUUCCAAAAGACACUCAAAUCUUUGUCCCUUUACUCCCAAUGAAUCACAGUGAAACUAUAUGGGGUGAUGAUGCUGAAAAGUUUGAUCCAAAUAGAUUUUCAGAGGGUUCUGAGAAGGCCUUGGGCUCUUUCUUUCCAUUUGGGAAGGGACCUAGAGCUUGUGUGGGCCAAAAGCUUGCUUUGCUUGAAUCAAAGAUUUUAAUGGCCAUGAUCUUACAAAAUUUCUCCUUUCACUUGUCUCAAAAUUAUAUCCACUCACCUGUUGUGUUCAUAACUUUGUAUCCCCAACACGGUGUUCCCAUCAUUCUCCAUGCACUUAAAAGGUAGUGUUCUUUAUGAUACCAACUUAGAGAUGGAUGAAAACCCAUAUGAAUUUUUGAAAUGUAUUACUUGAUAAUUUGGUCUUUUCU